AACGGCCACUGCUGCUACAGCAGACAGGAAGUAUAAGCAUUGAGCCCGGUCGUAAUCAUCUUAUUUUGACAGUGAAAGUUUGAUUAGGAGAAUUCUCUAAAUACCUGUCAUGGAUGCCGAAACACUACCCUCCCUCCGGGAUGCAGUGAGUCAAUGCUCAGACAGAAUGCUCUACAAGGCAUCGAAAUGGGCAUCAGAACUGCUUCUCUCGACUCCGAAACUCAAACGACAAGCGCAGUCCUCCAUAGCAGCUUCCAGUUUCCAAACGUCCACUCCUGCUCGUUCGCGCUCGCCGCGGCCGUCACUUUCCUUCGAUAGCAAUGCCCCCACUGAGCAUGAUCCAACCCAGCGUCAGGUACCGCUCUUCCCACCACGACAUCAAAACGCUCCGGAGCUACGAUCGCAACCUCCCGAAGUACGCCUCCGCCAGGCAGAGCUAGAAAGUCUUGAUGCCGACCACAUUGCAGCUGCACGAGCAAUGUUCGAUGCAAAAGAAUUCAGCAGAGUUGCUCAUUGGUUGAGGGACUGCCAAAGUGCCAAGGCCUCGUUCCUGCGUAUCUAUAGCGAUUUCAUGGCUAGCGAGAAGAAUGCACUGAGAGAGUGGUAUCGAAUGGACAAGACUCGAAAUCAGCCUCACACUCCUGUGAACCCGUCUAUCGUAAACCUCCUUCAAGAAGUGCAGAAUGCGACUGAUCCCUGGCUCCUAUUUUUGAAAGCUAUCUUUCUGCAUCGGCUGUCUCGCCGAGAAGAGGCUAUCGAAACGGCCCUAUUAUCGAUAGCUGGAUAUCCUUGGAAUUGGUCUGUUUGGACAUUACUUGGAGAUUGUCUAGAGGAUGGUGACGAGCUGCUCUCGCUCAUUCCGCUAUUGCCUCUUCCAGCGACACAUCUACUCGUACAACUCUUCCAGAUCAAGACCCUGAACACCCUAGGAAAUCCUUCGGAUGCCGAACUGACACUCUGUGACAAGCUUUUAAGCGAGGAGUUCUUCCCUCAAAGUUCGUGGUUAAUGGCCCAACGGGCAUGUGUCCUUUACCAUAUGCAUGAGUAUGGAUCGGCGGAAACCCAGUUUAAGAAAAUACGGGAACUUGAUCCUUUCAGGAUCGAUGACAUAGACAUCCUGUCUAAUGUUCUCUACGUUUCCGAGAAACGACUUGAGCUAUCCAAGUUGGCGCAUGAGGUGCUGGCGCUGGAACGCGACCGACCUGAAAUAUGUUGUUUGGUUGGAAACCAUUAUUCACUACACCUGGACCAUGAGAAAGCUAUCAAGUAUUUCAAACGUGCUACUCAGCUGGAUCGAACGUACCUCGCUGCGUGGAUACUAAUGGGUCACGAAUAUGUUGAGAUGAAGAACUCUCAUGCUGCCAUAGAAGCAUAUCGGAAGGCCGUAGAUGUCGACCGAAAAGAUUAUCGCGCCUGGUACGGCCUCGGACAGGCCUAUGAGCUGCUGAGUAUGCAUCAAUAUGCAGUGUACUAUUAUCAACAUGCAACCGCCCUGCGACCGUAUGAUGUCCGCCUGUGGCAAGCGCAGGCGAUAUGCUAUGAGGAAAUGGGCAGACUGCGAGAAGCUGUCGAGUGUAACAAACGCGCUUUGAUUGGUGCUGGGCCCAAAGAGACAACUAUCCAUUUGCGUCUGGCAAAAUUACACAAUGACCUCGAAGAGUAUCGUGAAGCGGCGGCUUACCACCAGCGAGUCGUCGAUAUCUCUAAGGCGUCUCAGAAAACUGUAGGAGAAUUUGCAACGUCAAGUGUCUAUGUGGCCCGGUACCAUCUGUCGCAAGGCGGUGGCGAUUUAUUCCAUGCCCGAGAAUUGAUGGAGGUUGUCGCGUCAAGUCAAUCAGAGGAAGUCACUCAGGCUACGGAUCUCCUAAAGAGAAUCAGGAGCGCUAUUGCUCAGAAGCAGCAUACGGACGCUAUGAAGGCUACUGCGACCACAUCGGAUGGCGCUGCUGGAGCAAAGACGAGUUAAGUGGGUGAAUGUUUUGUAGGUUAACUUGCGUGUAUCUUUGUGAGUGUACCACGUUACGCUUUUGUCUAGCGUUGUUGACUCUUUCAUGUUGCAGAACAACUGUAUUUGGUGUCUUGUCCGCCUUAUAUACUUCUGUUUCCUCGCUGCGGGCGGGUCGUCAUUGCAAUCCAAUGAUAUGUUCAUUGACCAUAUUUCCCUGAGCUGGAGAUAUCGGUGAUCAGCCACUCCCAUAGUCGCGCUGAUGAGAUCGGCCUUGCUCUC